GUAGCAGAAAUAGAGUACUCAAAGAAAACAACCCUCUUCUUCAUUGAAUAAUAGCUUCAGUUUACUGAGGAAUCUGUUGGGAGACUAAUAGCUUCUCCUCGAUUUGGGGCUCAACGGUAUUCUUCUAUUAUGAGAUAAAGACUUGAUCUUGCCGUUUAUUUUUUUUUAUUUUUUUUUGUUGUUGGCGGGCACCAGUAAUUCAUCUCUCGUUUAAUUGAAAGAAGAGAUGAUACCUUAACAAAUUAAAAUGUAAUAUUUCUUGAUUUUACCUGUAAAUUUUGUGAAAAGAAUUAGGUUUGUUUCCUGAUAAAUGCAUAAUUGAUUGAAUGCAAAUGUUCUAUUCAUACCUUCAAAUGAUUUGAACAGUCCAAGAAUGAAUUUUGGGGGUUCUUUUUUCAGAUUCUUGCUUAUUCUGAUUGAUUGUUUGCUGUUCAAGGACCAUAGCCUAUUCACACUAGUCUUUUCCUCCGCACACUGCACCCUUUUUUUGUUUACCCCUCCUAGGGAGCUGCCACCCUUUUUGCUCAAAACCUUUGGGUUGAAAGUGAGGGGUUUUUACUAUCCUAGCAACUCCCUCUUGUCCGAGCACCACCUCUCUCUUUGUAUUCAGCAGUGUAAUAACUUUUUUGCCUAACAUCUCGACUUUCCCCAUGGUAUUAUUGGGGCAACAAAACAUUGCCAUGACCACGGCUAGAGACAAGGUGGAACUCCAUGUUAUUUAGUUUUACUUAUGUAUAACCUGCAUAAUAUUUUUGUUAUGCCUUACCUAUUUGAGCUAUUUACGAACCAAUCUUUUUGGUUCUAAAUUUAGUUCUGUGUGCAUUCUAAAGAAGAGGUUGCAGCUCAUCGUAUCCAUAAGAUGUGCUGAUUAAUAUGUCUUCAUCCAUGAUGCCAAAAACACAUGUUUUGUGGUAAAAUUUCACGUUUUCAGUUGGGAAACAGAAUGCUGUGAUCUUGGAAAGGAUUGAGACUUUGAACCAUUGGCCAUUAUGCCUCUAAUAUAACUAUUUAUUCAGUUACCUCUACUUGAGCCUGGAAACUCAUGUAUGUAUACUGUUACAACUGAAAAACGAAACUAGUUUACAUGUUUAUAAAUGGACUCCAUACACGUUUUUGCUUCCAAAGCUGAGUAGUUGAUUUUCUGUUUUAAAAAAAUAUCCUGUAGAAUACUGGCUUUCAAUUAAUAUCGUCCAUACAUGUUUUUGCUUUAAUUUUCCCAAAUAUAUUAGGUUAUGAUAACCGAGUUGACAUCUUGUUUGAGAAAAAAACCGAUUUGACAUCUUUAAAGAAGUGACAGGUGAAUGGAGCUCCAUUAUGGUGUUAAAAGUUCCUAACUUUUUUUGAACCGGAAAUUCCCUUUGCUUCUGUGGUUGGCAUUGUCAAUGGAUUGAGGCUUAUUUUACUUUGCAAAAGCCCCAUAACCCUAACUGGCUGGGGUCUAGUAGCUGCAAUUACUUCUGCAUUGUUGUCCAUCAAUUUAACUUGAACAAUCAUUAAUUCCCGCAGUCGUGUGAACCAGACAGUUAUUUAGCAGAUUAUAUUUGAAAACUAGUUCCUAAUCUUCUAGAAUGCUUUCAUCAGCGAUUUCUCGAUAUUCAACUUUCUUACCUUCUUCUUUGCAUCUCGCCCAAUUCGAAACCUUGCUUCAUCAUCACGGUUAUCACUCCACUCCCUCCAAACCCCCAAAAUCCACUUCCUUUCCCAACUAUGAUGACCCAAAUUCAUCCCCAAGUUCAACAGGUGCUUCCUCUGACCCUCUAAAUCCCGCCAUCAUGCUGGAAACCCUCUCUUGUUACAACAAUGACUGGAGAAGAGCUUUAGAGUUCUUCAAUUGGGCCGAGACGCAGUGUGGCUUCUAUCACACCAGCCAAACUUGCAACCAGCUUAUUGACAUUCUGGGCAAGUUCUUUGAAUUUGAUGCAGCUUGGAAUUUGAUUGAGAGGAUGAAAAGUGUAUCCUCCAUGCCUGACCACACCACUUUUCGAGUCUUGUUCAAACGUUAUGUGUCUGCUCACAUGGUAAAAGAAGCAAUUGAUAUGUUUGAUAAGGCGGAGGAAUUUAAUUUAAAAGAUGAAGUUUCAUUUUCAAAUCUAAUUGAUGCUUUAUGUGAGUAUAAGCAUGUGAUAGAGGCCGAGGACUUGUGCUUCCCUAAGAACAAGAAUGAUGUGAAGUAUUCAUGUUUUAAGGUGGACACAAAAAUAUGUAAUAUGCUUCUUCGUGGGUGGUUCAAGAUGAGUUGGUGGGGUAAAUGUAGACAGUUUUGGGAAGAGAUGGAUACAAGGGGUGUGCAGAAGGAUCUAUAUUCGUACUCUAUUUACAUGGAUGUACAGUGCAAGAGUGGAAAGCCAUGGAAAGCUGUAAAAUUGUACAAAGAAAUGAAGAAGAAAGGAAUUGGCUUGGAUGUAAUUGCGUAUAACACUGUCAUCCGUUCCAUUGGGAUUUCAGAUGGCGUUGAUGUUGCAGCUAAGCUCUGUCAAGAGAUGAUUGAGUUGGGGUGCAAACCAAAUGUCUCUACAUACAACACACUCAUCAAGCUUAUGUGUGAAAAUGGGAGGUACAAAGAAGCAUAUAAAGUGCUUAGUCAAAUGCCUCACAAGGGUUGCGAGCCUAAUGUCAUUACAUACAACAGCUUCUUUGGUUGCCUUGAAAAGCCGAGAGAGAUUCUCAAGUUGUUUGAUAGAAUGAUUGAAAGCGGAGUGCGACCUAGGAUGGACACCUAUGUUAUGCUUAUGAGGAAAUUCGGAAGAUGGGGAUUUCUUCGACCGGUCUUUAUUCUUUGGGAAAAGAUGGAAAAACAGGGGUUGAGUCCAGAUGCGUCUGCUUACAAUGCAUUAAUUGAUGCCUUGGUGCAAAAGGGUAUGGUUGACAUGGCACGUAAAUAUAAUGAAGAGAUGUUAGCAAAGGGCCUUUCAGCUAAGCCAAGGGUAGAACUGGGGACAAGGUUGACUAGUGCUGACUGUGAAGGUAGCUGAUGUUUUAUGGUUGCACUUGAGACAGCGCAGUUAAGAUGUAAAAAAAACCUUGUUAAACUUCAACUGUUCUUUGUCAUCCUUGUGCUUGGUGGCAGCAGGUGAUCCGUCUUUUGGAUGUGUCUACAAAGUACAGAAGUGAUGCCUCAUGAAUUGGCAUUCUUUGAAGAUUACCAGUAUGCGUUUCAGUCGGCUACAUGUUUGUGACUGGAUUCCAUCAGGUCUUCUGCUUAUAAAUCUGACAAGCCCUCUAUUGACCUCAAGUCAUUUUGCACUAUGCUGGAUGAAAGUUGAAGAAAGAACAUGCGAAAACCAAAUUAAAAUGCUUAUUUGACCUUGCCGGAAAGAAAGAAUCAAACCGUGGUCUUUAUCCUUUGGGAUUCUUUUCUAUGUAUACACCUAUCUCAAAAGAUGGUGAGUAGUAGCCAAACAGGACUUGUUUCACAUCACCUUUGUUGAUUGGAACCUUGAAAGUGUUGUAUCAAUUUCAGCCCCAAUGUGAGAUUCUAUCGUAAAGAUAACAAUAAGUUUAACUUUUUUUCCUUCAAACAAGAGGUGAUCUUUUGAUCUCAACAAACUUGUAUUGUGGGUGUAUUCUAGGUUGUUUGUUACUGAUCUGUUUCAAGAAACAUGUCCAGCUAGAGUACAUGCUAUACUUCAAAUGAGUGACAUCGGACAGGUUAAAGCUUGAAAUGUUGUUAGUAAAUGCUACUGCUGCUACUUAUCAGUAAGCAUGACUGUAUACGUCAAACCAAUGAUAGCAUGAUAUGUGUUUUGUGCA